AGAGUCCCCAGGAUGCAGCUGGGUAUCUGUGAAGAGUGAGAAAUCCAUGGAGCUUCCAGUAAGGUUCAGCGAUGGACACCUGCCUCCGGAUUCGCGUCUGCUGUCAGAGCUCCAGUCCAGGUGUGCAGUGUGUGAGCAGGUGAUGAAGGAGCUGGUCUCUAUUACCUGUGGACACAGUUUCUGCAGACAGUGCAUCAGCAGCUACUGGGAGCAGUCUGCUUCUGCAGGGCACUAUGCCUGCCCCCAGUGCAGGAAGAGGUCCAGAACUUGUCCCAUGCUGCACGCACACACAGCGCUGGCUGGGCCUGAGCCCCAGCAGGAAGGGUCUGAUAUCAUCAGAACAGCCCAGGAAAAGCAUCGAUCCAAACUGAAAGAAAAAUAUGGAUGCAUUUUUGAAGGGACUGCCAAGCAAGGGUACUACACUCAUCUGAGAGAAGUUUACACAGAGCUCUACAUCACAGAGGGGGACAGUGAAGGGGUCAAUAAUGAACACGAGGUGUGGCAGAUUGAGACAGCAUCCAGGACACAGACCACACAAGACACUGCAAUCAACUGCAAUGACAUCUUUAAACCCUCACCUGGACGACAGAAGCCCAUCAGAACUGUGCUGACCAAGGGGAUCGCUGGCAUUGGAAAAACAGUCUCUGUGCAGAAGUUCAUUCUGGACUGGGCAGAAGGAGAAGCCAAUCAGGAUGUUCAUUUCAUAUUGGCGCUUCCUUUUCGCGAGCUGAAUUUGGUGAAGCAUAAAGAAUUCAGUCUGACGGGGCUUCUUUACCACCACUAUCCAGAAAUGAAAGAUCUUGGCAAUAUUGAGUCUUAUAACCUCAAAGUUUUAUUCAUCUUUGAUGGUCUGGAUGAGUGUCGACUUCCUCUAGACUUCCAGAACAAUGAGAGAUGGUGUGAUGUAACAGCAUCAACAUCAGUGGACAUGCUGCUGACGAACCUCAUUAAGGGGAAUCUGCUUCCCUCUGCUCUCCUCUGGAUCACCUCCCGGCCAGCAGCAGCCAAUCGGAUCCCCUCUGACUGCAUCCACCAGGUGACAGAGGUACGAGGGUUCAAUGAUCCGCAGAAGGAGGAGUACUUCAGGAAGAGAAUCAAAGAUGACAACCUGGCGGAAAGAAUUACCUCACAUGUAAAAUCAUCCAGGAGUCUCUACAUCAUGUGUCACAUACCAGUGUUCUGCUGGAUUUCUGCUACUGUUCUGGAGAUAAUGCUGCAUGAAGCAGACAGUGAGGAAAUCCCUAAGACUCUGACUCAAAUGUACACACACUUCCUUCUGAUUCAGACCAAUCUGAAGAACUGCAAGUACCAUGGAAGAGGCGAGGUGAGCCCCAGAAAGCUCUCAGAGGUGGAUAGAGAGAUCAUUCUGAAGCUGGGGGAGCUGGCGUUCCAGCACCUGGAGAACGGCAAUCUCAUAUUCUAUGAAAAGGACUUGAGAGCAGUUGGCAUCGGCGUCGCAGAAGCUGUGGUGCGCUCUGGGGUGUGCACAGAAAUCUUCAGAGAGGAGCGUGUGACGUGUGGAGAGAAGGUGUACUGCUUUGUGCAUCUGAGCAUCCAGGAGUAUCUCGCUGCUCUGUACGUGCUGUACUCUCAUCUGAGCAAGCGGACUGACGUGCUGAUGCCCCCGGGCGGGAGGAAGGCCCGAGGCGCGUCUCUGUCGGACCUGCUGAAGGGGGCGGUGGACAGGGCCAUGGAGAGCCCCAACGGGCACCUGGACCUGUUCCUGCGCUUCCUCCUCGGGAUCUCGCUGGAGUCCACUCGGGCUCUCCUGCAAGGACUUCUGUACAAGGGCCGGGUGGAGACGGGGUGCAGUGCGGACAGCCUGGGGGACGUGGUCCGCUACAUCAAGGGGCUGAAGAGGAAGGACCCCUCCCCCGAACGCUGCAUCAACCUCCUGCACUGUCUGAGCGAGGUGAACGACACCUCCCUCGUGGGGGAAAUCCGUGCCUUCCUGGGCUCGGGCGACCGGUCUGGGAGGCUCACGCAGGCACAAUGCUCCGCCCUGGCCUUCGUCCUGCUGAUGUCCGAGGACCCGUUGGGUGAGCUCGACCUGAAGGCGUACAACACGUCGGGCGACGGCCGCAGGAGGCUGGUCGCAGCCGCGAGGAACUGCAGGAAGGCUCUAAUGAACCACUGCAGUCUGACAGGAAAGUCUUGUGAAACUGUGGCCUCGGCUCUUCAGUCAGCUAAUUCACAGCUGAGAGAGCUCGACCUCAGCAACAAUCACCUGAGAGACGCAGGAGUGAAGCUGCUCUGCACUGGGUUGAGGAGCCCACACUGUAAGCUGCACACAUUGAGGCUGGGCUGGUGCAGUCUCACAGAAGUAGGCUGUGUAGAUUUAGCUUCAGUUCUGUGCUCACCCCACUCAGAACUGACAGAGCUGGAGCUGAGAGACAAUGACCUGCAGGAUUCAGGAGUGAGAGCGCUCUCUGCUGGGCUGGAGGACUCCAGCUGUAAGCUACAGAGACUUGGGCUGUCAGGCUGUCAAGUCACAGAGAGAGGCUGUGCUUCUCUGGCUUCAGCUUUGCGCUCAAACCCCUCACACCUGAGAGAGCUGGACCUGAGCUACAAUCACCCAGGGGAGUCAGGGGUGAGAGCGCUCUCUGCUGGGCUGGAGGACCCCAAUUGUAAAUUGGAGAAACUUAAUGUGGACCACGGUGGAGAGCACAGGAUCAGGCCAGGCCUGCAGAAGUAUGCCUGUCAGCUCACGCUGGACCCCAACACCGCACACAGAGAGCUGUCUCUGUCUGAGGGGGACAGGAAGGUGACGCGGGGGAGAGAGGAGCAGCCGUACCCUGAUCGGGCCGAGAGGUUCGAUCAGAGGAGGCAGAUCCUGUGCCGGGAGGGUCUGUCGGGGCGCUGCUAUUGGGAGGCGGAGUGGGUGGAGGGCGGGGCAGCGAUCGGGGUGGCGUACAGACGUCUCGAGAGGAAAGGAGCGGGUGACGACAGCCACUUUGGGCUCAAUGCGGAGUCGUGGAGUUUGGAUUGCGCGUACAGCAGCUGCUCAGCCAGACACAACAGGAGGCGCAUCGAAACGGCAGCUCCGCCCGCCCACACAGGCCGGGUCGGGGUGUUCCUGGACUGGGCAGCUGGUGCCCUGUCCUUCUACAGAGUCUCCCCGAAAACGGUGACCCUCCUACACACGUUCCACGCCACCUUCACCGAACCCCUGUACCCUGGGUUUUAUGUCACAAGCUCGUGGUCCCUGGGCUAG